UGUCUCCGGCCCAGCGUUUCGACACCAGGGGCUCUGUCUGUUUUUUUUCCCUUUGGUUUUGAGGAUAUAUUUACACAUAUAUCCCUAAUUUUCUGAUAUUGAAUGACAGUCGACUCUGAACUAUUUAUGCCUAAAAGUAAAGCGCCAAAAAUGGAUGACCUGGACUACAUCCCAGUAGACCUGAGCCCAGAGGAGCGCUCUGAGUUGGAGGACAUCCGCAGGAGAAAGGGCGUCCUGCUGCAGGAGAUCCAGAGGCUCAGAGAGGAAUUAAGAGAGGCCAUUUUGGAGGUGGAGGGACUGGAGACCAGCACAGAGGGCAGUAAAACUCUACAGAAAAGCAGGCAUGUGGCAAUGGGAAGGAAGAAAUUCAACAUGGACCCAAAAAAGGGCAUUGUGUUUCUGGUGGAAAACGAGCUGCUCAGACACACUCCGGAGGAUAUCGCUCAGUUUUUGUACAAAGGAGAGGGGCUCAACAAGACUGCUAUAGGAGAUUACCUGGGAGAAAGGGAUGACUUCAACAUUAAAGUUCUUCAGGCUUUUGUUGACCUCCAUGAGUUCACUGAUCUCAACCUCGUCCAGGCCCUCAGACAGUUCCUGUGGAGUUUCCGUUUGCCCGGUGAAGCCCAAAAGAUUGACAGAAUGAUGGAGGCCUUCGCUCAGAGAUACUGCCACUGCAACCCCGGCGUCUUCCAGAGCACCGACACAUGUUACGUGCUGUCAUUUGCCAUCAUUAUGCUGAACACGAGCCUCCAUAACCCCAAUGUGAGGGACAAACCUGGAGUGGACCGCUUCAUCUCGAUGAACCGAGGCAUCAACGAGGGGGGAGACCUGCCAGAGGAGCUGCUCAGAAAUCUCUACGAAAGCAUUAAAAACGAGCCCUUCAAGAUUCCUGAGGAUGACGGCAAUGACCUGACACACACCUUCUUCAACCCAGACAGAGAGGGCUGGCUUCUGAAACUUGGGGGACGAGUGAAAACCUGGAAACGGCGAUGGUUCAUUCUCACAGACAAUUGCCUUUAUUACUUUGAAUACACCACAGAUAAGGAGCCGCGAGGUAUCAUUCCCUUGGAAAACCUAAGCAUACGUGAGGUUGAAGAUCCGAGGAAACCAAACUGCUUUGAGUUGUACAUCCCCAACAACCGCGGCCAGCUGAUUAAGGCGUGUAAGACGGAGGCUGAUGGGAGGGUAGUGGAGGGGAACCACAUGGUGUAUCGCAUCUCCGCCCCCACACCGGAGGAGAAGGAUGAAUGGAUCCACAGCAUCAAGUCUGCCGUCAGUGUGGAUCCCUUCUAUGAAAUGCUUGCAGCCAGAAAGAAACGUAUAUCACUGAAGAAGAAGGAGGAACAACCGUAGACGAUUCCCUUCAUUCUCUUUCCGUCUUCCUCUGUUCUUCACACCUCUCCUUCCAUCAUGGGACACAUGCUUUUGUCCUUGCUCUUUACUACCUGUUCAUAAGCUCUGCUUCCCCACCUUCCCCUCACCCAAAGUCAUUCUCUUUUUAAAAUGAGGACUCCUUGCUAUCCUGUCUGCCAGACUUUUGAAAGCCACAUUCAGAGUGCAGAGCUCACCCGCUGUGGCUGCCUCUUGGUUCUUACUCUACUGCUGUUUAUAUUCAGCCUGAUACACUACAGCCACAGCACACCGUCUGUCCCUGUCUUCUCACCACUUUCCUCUCUCUUUCAGCGUUUAAGUGAACUGUGAAACAUGUUGCAGGCCAUAUUCACACUGGUGUGAUUAUUUCAAUAACACAUUUAUUCCUGUUUUGGCCUUUUAUUUCCACAAAGCCAAUUUGUUAAAAUCGCUCCCCAAAUGUGGACCACUUUGCAAAUACUUGGAAUGAGGAAGAUUCAAAAAUACUAUGAUUAUCAUAAACUCAUGCAUUUGAUUGUCUUGAUCAGUUUUUAAGAAUCUUGACAUGCAGAAAGUUGCUUCGUAGAAAUGCUUAAGGUUGUUGGCUUGUGCAUGCCUAAUAGAAGACAUCUUGCAUUUGUCCAUGUUAUUGGCUUUUUAGCAUGUAUAUCUGAGUUUCACAAUACAAUCCAAAAAAUGCCAGUGUGGAUCAAGAACCUGUGAAACAAAAAGCUACUUGAGAAUUAUCUGCAUUAGUGUGAAUAUGGUCCUAUUCAGGGUAGCAAGCAGCUUCCGUUUCUUGUGAAUUAUUCUUUCAGAUGUAUGGAGGCUGCCUCCAUGAGAAAUUGCCUUUCUUGAUUGUGCGUACCCAAGACAAAAUGUGAAUUCACUAUUCAAUUACUAAUACGAUUUAGAUUCCGUUACGUCUGGUCAGAGAGGAGGAAAAUCAAAGCAGCAGCUGAUUUUAGAUUACUGACAUGUGUCCACUACUCAACAGCUUUAAAUACACAUUAGUGCUGUCCACUCUUAGAUACUUGAUGUGAGGAAAGUGUCACUGUUCAUGAUUGUUUAAAUUCGCCGAUUUAUAUCACCAGGCUGCUGUUAUAUAUGGCCGGGUGCUUUAGGAUUAAGAGAGGCAAACACAAGCCGUUUCUCUCCUUGCAGACAGUUUGUUGUUUUAGCUCAGAACAACAUAUUUUUGUUCUUCAGCAUGUUUGUUAACAUGUUUGAGCAAUAGUGAAGUAGAAAACCGCAGUCUGGAAGCUUUGUUAGCGAUUCCUUUAUAACACCAUGCUGAGCAACGAUCAUCAUGUCCUCUCAGAUGUAAUGUCACAGCAUGCCACAAAUCAUUCCCUUCUUGCUCAACACUACAAUACGAACGCUGACAUAAUAACCGUCAGACAUUUAACUGUCACAGCCGUGUCUGUCUGCUAUAGUGAGUUUCAAGAAGGCAGCUCAUUACGAUGUACACUUUUUGUAAAUAGAUGUUAGCAUAUUUGUUUACGAUACACAUAGAAAUGAUUUAAUUUAUUCUUUAUCUUUUGUUAAAAUCUGAUUUUUGUACAAGCUACUGUAGACCUGCAUGUUGAUAAACUGAGGCAUCAGUCGUAGGCACUGAUGCUUCGCUGAUCAUGCUAGCGUGCACUGAUUUGAAAAGUGUUAGUGUUCCCUGUCGACUUGGCAGAAUGGAAUUUAACGUGGAAGCUGAUUUAUGCAUAAAGUAGAUUGUCUUAAUUAUAGUUUCUUUGGAAAAUGAGGAGGUAUUUAGGAGAUGUUUUGUCGUCUGAUUUAAGUCUCGACCGUAGUGUUGGUUUUUUGAGUAAAUCAGACUCAGUAAAGCACAAACUGUAAUCAGUCUCACAGCCUGUUAAACUAAUGUCCAGUCUUUAUUUUAUGGGCUGCCCAUUGUCCUGCAAUAUUCCAUCACAUCACAGCGAUAAAAAUGAAAAGACAGCAAAACAAGGAACACUAAUAUAUCUUUGAUUCAUUACACAAUAGUAAAAUAAUUCAGAUGUAAUGAUUCAGUAACAAGUUUAGAUUUGUGUCCAGUGAUAGAUUUGCUUGACAUCCAGUUCAUAAACUGUUAUUUCUAGUAGUUUAUUGAAGUUGGCAUUUUAGAUGGUAGGAAAAAUAAUUGUCUACUGCACUUUAUCAAUUUUAAGCAUUUUGGUGAAAAUGCUGUUACUUUGACGAUACAACUCCAAUACUCUGUAGCACCCUCUACUGGUGAUCACACACACACACACACACAAACACACACUUUACUAUGCUUAUGGAUGAACCAUGAACUGUGUAGAAAUAUAUAUAACACCAUCACCUGGUCAGUUCCAGCUAUAGCAGCAACAUUUUCUGACCAACAUGUACUGUAUUUUCUCAUCUGAUGGAGAUCGUGUUGCAUGAAGCUGAAUGGGGUCUUUUCUCUGUGAUCAAAACAUGUAGAACUUGUUUUAAAGACACAGCAAUUGAUCGGUCCUUUAAGCACAGGUCUGUGAUUGCCUUUUACUCUCCCACUUCAUCAAACUGACAGAGGCCUAAUUUUGUAACUCCAUGUUUGUGCUUGUAUACAUCUCAUGGAUUUGUCUGUAGGCCUUCACGUUCUGGGUAUUCUUGAAGUGCAAAGUUGCCAAAAAAAAAAAAAACUGAUGUUUCCACUUAAACAAAAGAACGAACACUGAAAUGCCAGAACUGGUACUCUGUUUCUGAUUCCUUUGACCCCCAGAGCCACCUUUUUCAGAAAACUUCUUUAUUUUGUAUUUAUUUAUUUUUAUUUACAGUGAGGUGAAGAAGGAUAGAUCAUCUGUAAAUGUAGCAAAAGGAAAACCAUGAUACAUUGGUGCCAGUAAACUACUGUGUAAAAAUAAAAGGUAAACAGAG